GUGCAGGCCUGAGGACCCAGCCCUGAGCGGAACACUUGUCUGCCUUCAGGAGGAGUGGUCGAGGAGGGCUUCCAUAGGAGGUGACCUUACAGAUGCAGAGCCUCCCGUGGGCUGGAUCUCCACGGUGGUCCCUGGUCUUGGGGCAGAGACCACAAACAUUCACAGAAGAAUUAGGAAGAGUGAGAGGUAUGAAGGAAAGCACCUGGCCACCUGCACCUCCUCAGGGGCAGGACAGGGAACAUGUUAGCUGGAGGAUGGAGUUGGCUGGGUGGGGUGACCAGUGGACACAGAGUCACAGUGGGGGCUCAAGGAGGAUGUCUUGGUUUUCCUGUUAAGUGGGUAGACGAUGGUGGUGCUGCCACCUGAGGCUGCUGGAGGAGCAGCCGUGCCCAGAGCGGGGAGGGGAGGAAGAACAAAUGGGUUUCACUUUGCCCAUGUUGUGUUUGAAGUGUGUGGUGUGUGUGACAUCCUAGUGCACAUGCAGGCCUUGGGCUGAGAGACCCCUCUUGAGCUGGGGCGCCCGAGAGCAGGAGCCAGGGAAGAGGGGAGGUAAGAUGCUGAGGAAGAGGCGUCUGGGGAGAGCUGGGCUGGAGGACCCAGGCUGGGGAUGGGUGGGCAGCUGUGUGUCCUCCCCAUGGGAACGCGGGGAUGAGCAGCUACUAUGUGCAUGUCAGACACUGGUGGGUUGCUGCCCAAGCAGUCCUCUGAGGUAGGCAUGGUAGCCCCCAUUUAUAGAUGAGGAAACUUGGGCCCCCCAAAUAUGUGGAAGUGAUAGGAAGCCCACUCAAAGUGGUUUCAGCAGCUGAGGGAGUGCAUUGGCUCAAGUUCCUGCUGGUUGGUAUAGGGGUUGGGUCAGCUGCAGGGACCCAGAGGCUUGGAGGCAGUACUGGCCAAGGCUCCAGCUCUGUCUGCUCCGGAGGUGGUUCUUAACCACGGUCUGUGCUUCACUCCUUCCUCUUUUGGGCCUCGGGGGCCCACGGUGUGCAGCUCUGGGCAGGAGGAGAGACCACAUGAGACCCCACAUUGGCUUGCGCUUCCCCUUGGAUGGGCCCCUGGCAGGGCCAGCUGGAGUCGGCAGGGGCCUGCUGGUCAGGCUCUCCUGGCCUUGUCACUGGACACUAGAAGGCAUCGCAGGCAGCAGCUGCCUGAAUUCUGGCCAAGCCUGGGUCCUGACCUUUCACACAAACCUUCUGCCUUCCAUGGUCCUUUGUGGCCACUGGCUUGGGAGGGCGCUGAAACCACAAGCACAGCUAGGUGAGUGGCAGAAGUCUGCAGUAGUGGACCCUGAACCUUAAGAGGCCAGCUCCUCCUUGGGGAAUGCUGGAGGGACCCGGCCGACGCUGCAGCAAUCAAGCUCCAGGUAAGACACCAGGAAGCACUUCUGGAGAGUUAGGGUCUGAGUCCGGGGGGCCUGGGCGCCGCAUCUGUGUCCAGGGUGUCUGGGGGCCGGAUCUGAUGACCCUGGGAGAGACCAGAGCUGCGGGUUGCGAAGGACUCCCGCCGGUGCCCGAGCUGGCCGGCCGCACCCAGGUUGGCCACUGGGGGCGCCCGCGGGCGGCCGUCCGGCGCUCUGGCCCGCUUGGACGCUCUAUGGCCGCCGCGCGCCCGCGCAGAGCGGAGGCCGGGUGGCGGUUCUUCGGGACCGGGACCGACGGCCCGGGACGAGGGUACGAGUGUGGACGCUGCCCGGCCCGGCCGGGAUCCCGCCCAGCCCAGCCCAAAAGCCAUGCCUCCGUGUGAUCCCUGACCGGACCGGCCUACGCGGCCCCCACUCUGAUCCCACUCCAGCCUGGCCGCCCGGCCUCGGCGCUGGCCCUGGGCCCGCUCUCCGGCCAUGCGUGGGAAGCUGCUGCCGCUGGCCGGUCUCUACCUGGUGCAGGGCCUGCCCUACGGGCUGCAGUCCGGCCUGCUGCCCGUGCUGCUGCGGGCUCGCGGCCUCUCCCUGACACGCGUGGGGCUAGCUAAGGUGCUGUACGCGCCAUGGCUGUUCAAGCUGCUGUGGGCCCCGCUGGUGGACACGCGGGGCUCCCCGAGGGCCUGGCUGACGCUCAGCACGGCCGCUCUGGGCCUGGUGUGUGGGCUGCUGGCAGCCCUGCCUCCUGCUGAAGCUGGCCAGGCCGGGCUGCCCGUCACUGUGGCGGGGCUGCUUUUGUUGCUGAACCUGGGUGCGGCUGUGCAGGAUGUGGCUCUGGACACGCUGGCCGUGCAGCUCCUGGAGCCAGCUGAGCUUGGCCCCGGCAACACGGUGCAGGUGGUCGCUUACAAGCUGGGGGCGGUACUGGCUGGGGGGGGCCUGCUGGCUCUUGUGCCCACCCUCUCGUGGCCUCUGCUCUUUCUGCUCCUGGCUGCCACCUAUUGGCUGGCUGCUGCCCUGGCCUGGGGUGCGCCCGUCCUGCAGCAACAGCCUGCACCUCAGCCCUCAGAACCCUCCCCACACACCCUGCACCUUCUGCAGGACUUGCUAGCCGUUCCUGGGACCCUGUGGACAGCGGGCUUUGUGCUCACUUACAAGCUGGGUGAGCAGGGCGCCGGCAGCCUGUUCCCGCUUCUCUUGCUGGACCACGGCAUCUCCAGCCCGGAGCUGGGGCUGUGGAAUGGUGUGGGCGCCGUGGCCUGUUCCAUUGCUGGCUCGUCCCUGGGUGGGGCGCUGCUGGCCAGGCACUGGCAGCCGCUGCCCCUGCUGAGGUCAGUGCUUCGGUUCCGUCUCGGGGGCAUGGCCUGCCAGACCGCCCUCCUCUUCCACCUGGACACCCCAGGGGCCAGGCUAGGCCCCAGCACGGUACUGAGAGGGGCAGCCUUGCUGAGCCUGUGUCUGCAGCACUUCCUGGGAGGCCUGGUCACAACCGCCACCUUCACCCUGAUGAUGCGCUGCAGCCAGUUGGCAUCCGGUGCCCUGAAGGCCACACACUACAGCCUCCUGGCCACUCUGGAGCUGCUGGGGAAGCUGCUACUGGGCACCCUCGCUGGAGCCCUGGCUGACGGCCUGGGGCUGCACCUCUGCUUUUCCCUCCUCCUUGCUCUCUCAGCCAUGCCCAUUGUGUACCUGGGCCUGGCCCCCAGCACCCUGGCCUGAGCUGGGCAGCUGGACUGGUUAAUAAAGCCGAGUGCGCCCGUGGCCUGGCUGUGUCUAGGA